AUGGCAUCCUCCAUCACGUGGGGCCUCCUCCUGCUGGCAGACCUGUGUAGUCAAGUCUCUGGCGCCAUGCGUCAGUCCAGCCCUGAUAUUUAUCAAUACGAUCUCCCACACUUCUCCAGCUUUGCCUUCAGCCUGUACCAUGAACUGGCCCGUCAGUCCAACGACAAAAUCAUCUUCUCCCCAGUGAGCAUCGCUAUAGCCUUUGCGAUGCUCCUCUCCCUGGGAACCAAAGAUGAUACUUACAUCCAGAUCCUGAAGGGCAUAGGCUUCAAGUUUAAGAAGGCGCCUAAGGCUGAUAUCCACAAAGGCUUAGGGAGUCUCCCUGAAACCCUUAAGCAGCCAAACAGUCAGUUCCAGCUGACCGCCAGCACUAUGCUAAUCAUUGAUGAGAAUCCGAAGCAAAAGCCUGAGUUUUUGUACAAUGUCAAGAAGCUGUACCACUCAAAAGCCCUGUCCAUCAACUUCAGGAACAUCAAAGAGGCCAAGAAAGAGAUCAACCAUCAGAUAAAGGUAAGAACUCAGGGAAUAAUUGUGGAUUUGGUCAAAGAGCUUGACGAAGACAUGGCUCUUGCUCUGGUGAACUACAUAAUUUUUGAAGGCAAAUGGAAGGAUAAAUUCGAGGCUCAGUGCUUCCUAAAAGGAGACUUCCAUGUGAACGAGAAGAUCACGGUCAAGGUGCCCGUGACCAACCGCCUGGGCAUGUUCCACCUGUACCGAGACAAUGAGUUCUCCUGCUGGGUGUUGGUGCAGCACUACCAGGGCAGAAUGGCCGCCUUCCUGCUUCUGCCCAACCUGGGGAAGAUGCAGCUGCUGGAGGAUGGGCUCUCUGAGAAGAACCUCGCCAAAAUCCUCAAAUACCUUGAGAUACGUUCUGCCAAUUUACACUUGCCCAAACUGUCCAUUUCUGGAACCUACGAUCUGAAAACUCUCCUGGGUAAACUGGGCAUCACCAAGGUCUUCAGCAACGGGGCUGACCUCUCAGGGAUCACCGAGGAAGUGCCUCUGAAGCUGUCCAAGGUCUCUGUCCUCUCUCCCCUCUGGGCCAUUCAUGAGGCUGUGAUGAGCAUCAAUGAGAAUGGGACAGAACACGCUGGGGCCACCCUCUCAGAAGAGAGUGCCUGGUCUGAGCAUCUGACCAUCAACUUCAACAUGCCCUUCUUAAUCAUCGUCAAGGAUGAAAACACCAACAUUCCGCUCUUCAUGGGAAAGGUGGUGAAUCCCAUGCAAAAAUAA